GUGCGCAAGCGCACACCUGCACACGUGUGUAGUUCAUUCUGAUCCAAAACUGUUGUUGUUGUCGCCGCCGCCGUAACAAGCUGCUCGAAAUGAACUCGCAGGCCGACGGGGACCAGGACCAGGACUGUUUGUUCCUCGACAGCGUCCUGGAUCAGCUUUAUGACUUUGGAUCAGCACCUAAAAAGAAGCCAUUCCCAGGUUCCCAGAAGAAGAAAAAACGAAAAAGGUGUGAAGAAGAGGAGGAAGACGAGCUCCAUACGGAGAAGGAUGUUUGCAGUGACAGUGAAGACGUCAGAGAAGAAGAUACAGACACUGAACAACAACAACCAAGGACUGAGCAAACAGGUCCAACCGUUCAGCAGGGGAACCAGGUGGAGGUGGUCGUAUUUAAAGACCCUACAAAGAAACUGAAGACCAAGCAGCCUCCAGCCCUCGGCAACAUAUCUGCCCCUCAGAUAUCAGAGAAGAAGCAAAGUGGCCCCCAAGAGGAGCUCAGUCUGGAGAAGGCGCGUCUGGAGGUCCACCGGUUUGGAAUCACAGGCUACGAGAAGGCGCAGCAGCGGGUUUUUGAACAAGACAGAGCCGUGAUGCUGGGAGCCAGGCCUCCUAAGAAGGGCUACGUCAAUUACAAGGUGCUUCAGCAACAAAUCAAAGAGAAGAAGCAGAAGGAAAAGGAGGAGGUUGAGCCGGAUAAGAGGAAAAAGAAGAAGAAGAAGCAGAGUGCACAAAGAGACAAGAAGUCGAGCUCGGACUCUGGCGUGGCGCCGUCGGGUCAGGUGGGCCGCUUCAAGAAUGGCAUGCUGGUCCUCAACCCCAAGGAGAUCCAGAAAAUCAAAGGCAAGAGGAAGUGACGACAAGAGGUUAGAGAUUAAAUCUGAUGGAUAGGAUGGAAAAUAUGAGCAGACGGAAGGAAAAAGUUGAGUUCAGUGACUCAGCCUGCUGCAGCACCGCUCACGACCAAACACGUCAGAACGAGGAACAAGUAGGAACUCAGUUUGCAGUGAAGGAUGGGACGCUGGCUCUGGUGACUGCUGGGACAUUCUUGAUGCUCAAUGAACCCUGAGUGUCUGCUGGGGCAGGACACGAAUGAACAGACUCGGAGACUGACACUUCAUUUUCUAUCACAGUUAUUUUAUUUAAUUUGUUAUAAAUGAGUCAAAAAACGAGACAGUCUCUUGUCUUUUACAUUGCUAAGAUGUUAAAAUUAUGCGGUUGCAAUGCAUCUGUAAUUUACAAACAAUAUAGUCAUACAAAACAUUUACAUUGGAAAGAAAGGACGGGAUCAUAACAGGCCAAGAUGGAGGUAAUAAAAUAAAAAAUGACAGGUUUUAACAAAGAGAUAAUAUAUGCUUACCGUGAUAAAGCAGAAGCCAACACAGUUUUUCAGCAGUAGAAACUCUUAAUUUCCACAACUUUACAACCCCGAGAGGCUGCACUUGAGAUGUGAACACGGUGAAGUUUGGAUUUUUUUGUUAAAGGGUAAACAGGAAGAGGAUUUAGAGAGACGAUGAAACGGGGUUGAUCUGGCAGUGUGCGGCUGGCCAAGCUCACGAUUACGCCGUUGGCUCAAAGCAGCUUCUUCUGUUUUUAUAUUCAACAAGAGAAUCAGGAGGCAAUAUAAAGCUUCUCCGUAGCACAUCGUAAAAGUUUCAAGCUGUAAGCACGAUGUUUUGUUUUCAGGAUACUUUGCAGAUGACAAUGCUUUUUUUUUUUGCUUUUUUUUUUAACCGGCAACCCUUGGCUGUCAACCACUGACUCACGCCGUUCCACUUGUAUAUUAAUCACACCGAAGGCGAUACAAACAAAAAUAAAUAUGUCAUUAGAAAUAUCUACAUCAUUUAUAGAAUAAGUAAAUAUUUUCUUUUCUUCCGUUAAGUUAAAUGUCUAAUAACUGCAAUGGCAUGCUUUCUCCCAGCACCAUAUAUUGAGGGUAAAUCCGUAAAAUGUCACAUUCAAUAAUGGAUAAAUCUCAGGUAAAGCAACAUGCCAUACAAGCUGACUUACAAGCCCAGGAAAUCAAUUUAAACGUGUAAUAAAGUACCUUUUUAUUUGUUUUAAGACGAAGAAAUAUGCAUCCAAUUUGAACCGCUUGUAAACUCUGCAACACUGAACCUGAGCGCCUGAGUAAGAGCAUGUCACGGUUUUCUUUGGGCAUUUUGGACAUCAACACAGCCUGCAGACAUGUUAUCCCAAAUGAUUGGGUCUUCCGGGGGAAAGAGAGAACAGUUCCCAUGGUUACAUGAGAGAUGUUUCACAUUGAUUGCACGGUUGAAAACUGUUCCCGGUUAUAUAAAGGUCAACCUCAGGGCGAGCUCCUGUGUGGGAGGAGGGUCAGAACUGAGCAGCCCCAUGAUGCCAAUGUAGCCCUUUGCUGGAAACUGGCAGUCGAGAAAUUCCCCUUUGGUAAAUGCAUGUUUGUGUUCUGGGUCUGGAAAAAUGGGUAUAAGUCUGGUUUUCUGCACUUAUGCUGCAGUGUUGUCACACCAGAAAGACAUUAAAUGUGACAGGGGAAAGACAUUAAGGGAAACACUUGAUUUAUUUUAUUAAUAAUAUACAGAACAAUGUAAAUGUACAUAAAUCCAUUUUGAAAUUGGAAUUCAUUGUUUAGAUUCGAUAAACCUGCGAUCUAUAUUUUGGCCAUUUGGGGGCGCCAGAAACAAUUCUCUGUCAAGCUUUGUGUUGAUUCAGAAGAUUUGUCAGUUUUAUGCCAUAUUUGCCAGAAUUGACAGUCUUGUCAUUUUUUUCAUGUAACGCGUGCAGUUAUAAUAUUUUAAUUAAGUGAUUAAAUAUUUAAGUUUUGGACUAGAGCCUAAAAACGUGUCACAUUAAUUGCCAAAUGUGUCUAAAUGAUCUCCAGCUAGAGUUACCUGCUACCACCUUUUAAUGUUUUGUGAGCAGAAAGGAGUUUGCUUUUUUGCUUGUUUUGAAAAAUUGAUCACUUCAUGUUUUAGAAUCUAUGUGGUUUCAUAUUAAUGAACAAAAAUAUGAGCAAGAGUCAUGAAACAACUGCAGUGUAAUCAAGAGGGCUUUUGCUUGCAGAGGGAAAGUGCUUGUUUUUGUCAAAAUCCGGCUUUGAGUGUCGUUAUAUAUUUGCUUUGUUACACAUGUCAGCAACAAGGAAAAGUCAAUGUGCUUUAUAUAUUGAAAACAUGAAAAGUAAAGAGGGAAAGAAAAAAAGAUUGGGUUACAGUGCAGUGGCAUUAUAAAGUUAGACUUAAGCGAGAAAGUGUCAACAUUUCUGAUAGAUUCCUGCAGUUGUGUCGAUCUGCAGGCAUGCAUGAAAAUGAAGCUUUAUAUAUGCUUUCAUGUUAGACUUUUGUAAAACUGUCUCCUUUUUAGCAAUUUGAUCUUGUGCAGGUGUGCGUCUGCAACCAAAAACAAAACUUGAUGUGAAUCCAGAUAAAAUGAGUCUUUUUUUAAAGUAAAAGUGGUGGCCAAUUACACUUCUGUCAAACAAUAACGUAGCUGCAGCACAAUGGUAUACUCUGUCUGAAAAAUGUGCAUGAAUAAAUCAAGUCAUGUAACCUUGUUAAAAUGUUGCACGUGGAUAGGACCCUUGUAUUUUGCAGGAACUAGUUUGACAUGAAAGACUACCUACAAAAAGGCAAUUAAAAGAAAGAAAUCGACUCUAAAGCACAUUUUCCUGAAGGGAAGAACUGUUCCAAGGACAGCCACCAUCAGCAGACUGUCAGCAACCGUGUACACCAAACCCGUUUUGUUGACCGAGCUUCAGCAGACACCCAAGUACCGAAUGGCAAAAACAAGCACUUUUACUUAGAUUCAGACAACUGCUGAGAUCACUUUUCCUGCUGUUGGAGAUUAAAGAGGACCUCUGUUGCAUAAUCUGGAAAUGCAAAUUAAACCAGUGAGUUGGCGCACACCUCUCAGGGAGAGUGACACACUUGUAGUUCAGUUGGCCGUCAUUCAACGUAAACGUCAGGGAUAAAGAAUUCUGGGAAACAAGUUCACUUC